AUUCCCCAGAUCACGGGCCCAGUGGAUUCUAGCAGCCAUUUGGGGUCACUCUUUUAGUACACCCUGCAGUGAAAUGUUCUGUUUGGUCAGGCUGGGAGGGACAUAGUCUUCAGAAUAUUGUGAAACGGGGAUUGACUUGCAGUGUUGAUGCUAUUGCCACCUGCUACCAAGGUUCAUGUUUUGGAGUUUGGGUAUCCAGGAAGAGCAAUAGCUCAGAGCUAAUGCACUUGUUUUGUGUACAGAAUUUCUGGGUUCAGUUCCUUUCAUCUUCGAGUAGAGUAGAAUCCUGGGAAAGCAGCUGAAGCAGCUGCCAGUCCGUGCCAACAGUGGCUUGAUGGACCAAGAGCCUGAUUCACAAUUUUAGCUCCUGAUGUUCCUGUGGACUGAAUAAAUAUCAAUAUUCUUUGACUGUGCGGUUGAAUGUAGUUCUGCUGUACAGAUGGUGUUGACCUAUGACUGGGGAGACCUAGGUUCAAAUCCGCACUCACCUAUGAACCUCACUGAGUGAGUUUGGGCCUGAGAAUGUGUCUCAACGCAACCCAACUCACAGGGCUGUUGGGAGCAUAACAACAUAGAAUUGUAGAGUUGGAAGGGGCCAUGAAGGGCAUCGGGUCCAACCGCCUGCUGUUGCAGGACACCAAGUCACACCAUCCCACUCAGAUGACUGCCCAGUUUCUUCCUGAAUGUCUCCAGUGUGGGAGACCAGACCAUGUACAAUGUACAUACUGUGAACUCUCUGGAGCGACAGUAGGAUAGAAAUAUAACCAGAAUGCAAUCUGUCUCCUGUAUAAUGGAGCCUGAAGGCCAUUUGGCUGAUGGAUUCCAUUUUUUAAUCUCCAGAAUGCCCAUGUUGUGCUGAUGUAGCCUUGUCCUUGGACUUUGGGGCAAAAAAAGAAAAGAGGCAGCCACUGGCUGAAUGGAGCUAACAGGAAUACCAGUGGGUAUUGCCCCUAAAAAGAUGAAGAGAGAAGGCAGAUUUUGCCCCUCUUUUACCUCUGACCCCUUUCACUUGGCUGCAAACUUCUCAUUUGGGGACUUAAAUCUAGUCACAUCAAUGGACACAUAUAUUUAGUAUUUAUGAACUUGGCUGCCCCAUAAACAAGGUUUUCUUGUUUAUGUAUGGGCAGCAUACACAAACCAGUUAAAAAUAUGAGAUAAGCCGUAUGACUACAACAACCAUACAGAACACAUGAUAUACAUCACACUUGUGGUAGAUCAGUGAAGUCUGCACAGAAAAGUGUCACAAUGUUCAAAGGAAUCCCAAAGUCUCAAAAGGGCACUAAAGGAUUAGGAUUGACUAAGAAGCAGAAAUACUUGUUCAGAAUGCGUGACCAUUUUGGUACGAAGUCUGAGCCGAACCAGCAUUUCAUAUGGGUGAGCUCUGCGUUGCCACCACAAAUUGCACAUCUGUAUUUGUUUGUUUAUGUAUCCAAGUCUUUUGGAGAGGACACCACCAGCCAGCCGUGUGUCAUGCCUGAACUAACUAGGCAAUCUGAUGAAAGGAGUGCUUAAAUACCUUGAGCAAUGCUUGAGCCAGUAAUUCGAGCAGCUGGUCAAAGGCAGAAUAGAAGAAGUAUUUUAAUUAAAGGAGAGGGUUGAGAGCUUCAGUUCCUCUACCUGGCUGCUUUGCGGUUUACUUGUCCAUCAUAUUUGCUGUGAUGACAGUGGAUUUGCCUACUAUAAACAUGGCAGGACAUCAUGGCCACGAGUACAGAUGUGGCGGCAUUGGAGGAGAGCUUCCGGAAGUUUGCCAUCUAUGGGGAUACCAAAGCCACAGGGCAAGAAAUGAAUGGCAAGAACUGGUCCAAGCUGUGCAAGGAUUGCAAAGUCAUUGAUGGCAAAGGAGUCACCAGCACAGACGUGGACAUUGUCUUCAGCAAGGUGAAAGGGAAAACGGCCAGAGUCAUCAACUACACAGAGUUCAAGAAGGCCCUGGAGGAGCUGGCCCCAAAGAGAUUUAAGGACAAAAGCAAAGAGGAAGCGUUUGAAUCCAUCUGCGAGCUGGUGGCAGGCAAAGAGCCAGCCAACGUGGGCGUCACUAAAGCCAAGUCUGUGGGUGCGGUGGAGAGGCUCACCGACACAUCCAAGUACACGGGCUCCCACAAGGAGCGCUUUGAUGAGAGCGGGAAAGGCAAAGGCAAGAGCGGGCGGGAGAACAUCGUGGACACCAGCGGCUAUGUGGCGGCCUACAAGAACGCGGGCACCUACGAUGCCAAAGUGAAGAAAUAGGAGCAGCCAUCCACCCCUGCACUCGUCUGGAGGGGGAGCCAUCCUGAUGACAUGCCUCCCACUUGGGGGUUCAGCUUUUGACAGGCCUGCUCCCCAAGUGUCAGAGUUACAGCUGGAAGGGGUGCCUAUCCCCGGGUGGCUGAGGUGUUCCACAAACCCAGAUGAUGCCCCCCUGCGAAACCUACGAAGUAGAUCUCCAGAUAUCUGGGACUCCGGCUCCAAGAAGCCUCUUUCUUCCAGCAUGAUCAGAGAUCAGGAAUGCUGGGAGUUGAAGUCCAAAACCUGUCUGGAGGACUGCUUCCUACUCUGUACCUCCUUUUCCCCCUUCUCAAACUGCACGCUUGACCCCCCCUCUUCCACAGCUGCCCUCUGUUCCCAAAGUCUCACUUACUGUACACUGCUCUGCUCACUAAUGCUAAUUGCGGAAGCACUCUGUCCCCCGUUUGUUCUGAACGUCUGCCUGUCGUGCUGCUGUUAAAGGUGCCAAGUUUCUGUUGGGGAAACGGGAUGGCAACCUAAUCCACUGUUCCCAGGCUUCUGCGGGUAUCAUGCAGCCCCCAUUCACUUGCCACUUGUUGGGGUUCCCAUCCAUUGCUAUGGCACGCUUCCCUGAACGGGAGUCCUCCUGAUGUGUUGGGAUACAACCCCCACGUGGGCCACACUGGCUAGGGAUGGUAGACAUUGUAGUUCAACACAUCUGGAGAGCCCCAGGUUGGGCACGUCUGCCCGAUGGCACUGUUCACUGCUUCUGAGCUGUAUAAGAAAAGCAGAAUAUUAAAUAAAGUAUUACUUAAAAUAA